AUGGAGGGGAUUAAGAAAGGAAAGUUCACAGGUUCCUUACGGAGGAUGAGUGGCUCCUUCAAACGCACUUCAUUUAAAGGUUCAGCAUCUGGAUCACAGAAGGGUCAGAAGGCUUGGAUAGAGAAGACCUUUUCUAAAAGAGAAUGCAUCUAUGUAAUUCCCAACAACAAAGACGCUACCAGGUGCUGCUGUGGCCAGCUCAUUAACCAACAUAUUCCACCUCCUCCAAGUAUAACAGCUAAUAAAAAUGAAGAAGAAACAAAGCAAGUGGAAGCUCAGCCAGAGAAAUGGUCUGUCAAUAAACACACCCAAGCAUACCCAACUGAUGCCUAUGGAAACCUGGAAUUCCAGGGAGGAGGACAUUCAAAUAAGGCUAUGUACAUCCGUGUGUCGUAUGACACUAAACCAGAUUCUCUGCUGCAUCUCAUGGUGAAAGACUGGCAACUGGAACUGCCCAAACUCUUAAUCUCUGUCCAUGGAGGCCUCCAGAACUUUGAAAUGCAACCAAAAUUAAAGCAAGUGUUUGGAAAAGGUCUGAUAAAGGCUGCCAUGACCACAGGAGCUUGGAUUUUCACUGGUGGUGUUAGUACAGGUGUCAUUCGUCAUGUGGGAGAUGCCUUGAAAGAUCAUUCUUCCAAAUCCAGAGGACGAAUAUGUGCUGUAGGAAUUGCACCAUGGGGCAUUGUAGAAAACAAGGAAGAUCUAAUAGGAAGAGAUGUAACACGAGUUUAUCAAACAAUGUCAAACCCUCUAAGUAAGCUCUCUGUGCUCAACAGUUCCCACACCCACUUCAUUCUGGCAGACAAUGGCACAUUAGGUAAAUAUGGAGCUGAAGUAAAAUUACGGCGUCAGUUGGAAAAACACAUUUCCCUUCAGAAAAUUAACACACGACUGGGGCAAGGUGUUCCUGUAGUUGGGCUUAUAGUGGAAGGAGGUCCCAAUGUGAUAUCCAUUGUCUUGGAGUGUCUGCGGGAAGACCCUCCUCUCCCAGUUGUAAUCUGUGAUGGCAGCGGGCGAGCGUCUGACAUUCUGUCAUUUGCACACAAGUAUUCAGAAGAAGGAGGGAUAAUAAAUGAAUCCCUUAGGGACCAACUUCUAGUUACCAUCCAGAAAACCUUUAACUACAACAGAAAUCAAGCUCAUCAGCUAUUCGUCAUUCUUAUGGAGUGCAUGAAAAAAAAAGAACUUAUCACCGUGUUCCGCAUGGGCUCAGAAGGACAGCAUGACAUUGAGAUGUCCAUCCUAACUGCUCUCCUCAAAGGUACCAAUGCAUCUGCUCCAGACCAGCUCAGCCUGGCUUUGGCCUGGAAUCGUGUAGAUAUUGCACGCAGCCAAAUCUUUGUCUUUGGACACCACUGGCCACCUUUAGGAAGCCUUACAGCUCCUGAUGGUACAGCUCCUGAGAAGGAAAAGAAAUCUCCAGCACCUCAGACUAAAGCAGGCAGAGGGAAAGGAAAAGGGAAGAAAAAGGGAGGAAAAGCAAAAGAAGAACCAGAAGAAGAAACAGACCCAAGAAAACUUGAACUCCUGAACUGGGUGAACUCCCUGGAGCAGGCUAUGCUGGAUGCACUGGUCCUGGAUCGAGUGGACUUUGUGAAACUGCUGAUUGAGAAUGGAGUGAACAUGCAGCACUUCCUGACUAUUCCUCGCCUGGAGGAGCUUUAUAAUACUAGACUGGGUCCACCAAAUACGCUGCAUUUGCUAGUCAGAGAUGUGAAAAAGCGGCAAUCCCGGGGAUUCAGUUGGGUUAACCUGGAGGGAAAUCUUCCACCAGAUUAUCAUAUCAGCCUAAUAGAUAUUGGUCUUGUCCUGGAAUAUCUCAUGGGUGGAGCCUAUCGCUGCAACUAUACUCGGAAAAGUUUUCGGACUCUUUAUAAUAAUUUAUUUGGACCAAAGAGGCCAAAAGCUCUUAAACUACUGGGGAUGGAGGAUGAUGAGCCUCCCACCAAAGGGAAGAAAAAAAAGAAAAAAAAGGAGGAGGAGAUUGAUAUUGAUGUGGAUGACCCAGAAGUCAGCCGCUUUCAGUACCCCUUUCAUGAGCUGAUGGUGUGGGCUGUGCUCAUGAAACGGCAGAAGAUGGCCUUGUUCCUUUGGCAACGAGGAGAGGAAUCCAUGGCCAAGGCACUUGUGGCUUGUAAACUGUACAAGUCUAUGGCCCAUGAGUCUUCAGAGAGUGAGCUGGUGGAUGACAUCUCUCAGGAUCUGGACAACAACUCAAAAGAUUUUGGCCAGUUGGCUGUUGAACUCUUGGAUCAGUCCUAUAAACAUGAUGAGCAGAUUGCCAUGAAACUGCUGACAUAUGAACUGAAAAACUGGAGUAAUUCUACCUGCCUGAAGUUGGCCGUGGCAGCUAAACACAGGGACUUCAUUGCUCAUACCUGCAGCCAGAUGCUGCUAACAGAUAUGUGGAUGGGGCGACUGCGCAUGCGGAAAAACCCCGGCCUUAAGGUUAUAAUGGGAAUUCUCUUCCCUCCCACCAUCCUUUUCCUAGAGUAUCGGAGUUACGAUGACUAUUCCUACCAGACAUCAAAAGAAAAUGAGGAAGGCAAAGAAAAAGAGGAGGAAAAUGCGGAUGCAAAUGCAGAUACAGGCUCUCGAAAAGGGGAUGAAGAGAAUGGAAAGAAAAAACAACAGAGCCUUCCAAUUGGAACAAAGAUCUAUGAAUUCUAUAAUGCACCUAUUGUCAAAUUUUGGUUCUACACAAUAUCAUACCUUGGUUACUUGAUGUUAUUUAAUUACAUCAUCUUGGUGCGGAUGGAACGGUGGCCAUCAGUCCAGGAAUGGAUUGUCAUCUCCUACAUUGUGACAUUGGCUUUGGAGAAAGUCAGAGAGAUUCUGAUGUCAGAGCCUGGCAAGCUGAGCCAAAAAAUCAAAGUUUGGCUCCAAGAAUACUGGAAUAUUACUGACCUGGUGGCUAUUUCAGUAUUCAUCAUAGGAGCAAUUCUUCGCCUGCAAAACCAGCCUUACAUGGGUUAUGGAAGAGUGAUUUACUGUGUAGAUAUCAUCUUCUGGUACAUUAGAGUACUAGAUAUCUUUGGUGUGAACAAAUACCUGGGACCUUACGUCAUGAUGAUUGGAAAGAUGAUGAUUGACAUGCUGUACUUUGUGGUCAUCAUGCUUGUGGUUCUGAUGAGCUUUGGAGUAGCUCGUCAGGCUAUCCUGCACCCAGAUGAGGAGCCCUCCUGGAGACUGGCCCGCAACAUCUUCUACAUGCCCUACUGGAUGAUCUAUGGAGAGGUGUUCGCUGACCAGAUAGACCGUAAGAGUAGAAUUCAUAUCUAUGCCAUGGAAAUCAAUCCUCCUUGUGGGGACAAUCUUUAUGAUGAUGAUGGUAAACGCCUCCCUCCCUGCAUCCCAGGGGCCUGGCUCACUCCUGCUAUUAUGGCCUGUUACCUUUUGGUAGCAAAUAUCCUGUUGGUAAACCUGCUGAUUGCUGUCUUCAACAAUACCUUCUUUGAGGUAAAAUCAAUAUCCAACCAAGUCUGGAAGUUCCAGCGGUACCAGCUGAUCAUGACAUUCCAUGACAGACCUGUCCUGCCACCACCGAUGAUUAUCUUCAGCCACAUCUACAUAAUCAUCAAGCGGAUCUGCUGCCGCUGCAAGAAGGGUGAUGGAGACCAGGACGAGCGUGACAGGGGACUGAAGUUAUUUCUGAGUGAUGAAGAGCUAAAAAAGCUGUAUGAAUUUGAAGAGCAGUGUGUAGAAGAAUACUUCCAGGAGAAGGAGGAUGAGCAGCAGUCAUCUAAUGAUGAACGCAUCAGAGUUACCUCUGAAAGAGUUGAAAAUAUGUCUAUGAGGCUGGAAGAAGUGAAUGAGAGAGAGCAUUUUAUGAAAGCUUCUCUCCAGACAGUCGACCUGCGGCUCUCUCAGCUGGAAGAGCUCUCUGGUCGGAUGGUGAAUGCUCUGGAGAAGCUGGCGGGCAUCGACAAAUCCGAGCUGACGUACACGCGCUCGCGGGCUUCGUCGGAGUGUGAUGCUGCUUAUCUCCUGAGGCAGAGCAGUGUGAACAGCUCGGAUGGCUACAGCAUGUACAGAUACCACAUCAGUGGUGAUGAGCUGACCUAUGAUGACAGCACCACACCUAUGUCACCAGCCAUGCGUAAAAAAGCCCACUCUAUUGGUACCAAAGAAGAUGGAGCGGAUCCAAGGACGCUGGUUCCAGAACACCAAACUGGACUCCAUAGCUCUAGUGCUAAUGCAAUCACUACAGGAGAUCACGGUAAAUCUACACUAGAAAUUGCACAGAAUGUUUCCAGACCCCAUUCUGGUUCAGGUGGUUUGGGGAGUGAAAAGUGGGGGGUUUUCAGUACCGAUGGAAUGAUUCCUAAAAGUGUAAACCAGAUGAAUGCUGUUACGAACAGUCAGUCAGUUGCAGGACUGGAUUUUCAGAACACUCAGCUAAAAGUAGAACGUACCAAGUUAGAAGCGACUGUCUCUUAUCCCUUGGACAAAUCCAAAGCAAUGCGCUAUUUUCCUCAUGAAACUUUCAGUGCUUGUCAAACCACUAUGAUGAAGUCAAGGAGCUUUAUAUUUGCACAAGGUGGAAAGCUAGUUGGAGGAGUUAACAACUGGACCUCAGAGUAUAGUACCAUUAUGGAUCAGGUGUGCCCUUCUACAAUUGAACAGUGGGCCACGGAGUGGAAAUAUGAAGUUGAGCAGCAGCUUUCUCAAGAGCGUCCUCCAGAGUACCCUGGGUUGAUCUCUGAAGCAGAAAGGCAAGCAGAGGAGAAGCAGAUGGACACAGAUGAUGAUAGUAAUGUUGGUGAAGCAGGUAUGAGUGCCUCUUACACCUCUAUGCCUGCUACUGUCAAGGCUGAGAAGGAGAAUUUACUCUCAGUAAAGCCAGAAAGGACUUCUGGGUUCCCAUCAGUGCGUUCCAAGAGUUUGCACAGCCAUUCCCGGAAAGCCAAGUCUGUAAAGGACAAAUUAAAUAGACCAGGACAUGCCAGCAGUGUAACUAAUUUGGUGGUAGCAUUUGGCAGUGCAGCGGAACAGAAAACCAGGCAAGAAAAUGCAUCCACAGAAACUGAAUGUUGA